GGCCAGAGUUGUUAGCGCGCUCCUGGACUGCAGCCACAGAAAAGAACAAGAGCUCCAGACUCUGUAAGAGAUUUCCCCACACUCACUCUCUCCAUAUCCAACCCGACCUGGCCCAGUGUGCCACGGCCCGGCCCGGCUAGGCGCCACGUUAUGGAGUUACUGUGGGUUCCACUCUUGGGCUUAUGUUGCAGUUUGGCCUCCGCUGAUCGACACACCGUCUUCUGGAACAGCUCAAACCCCAAGUUUCAGAGUGAAGACUACACAGUCCACGUCCGACUGAAUGAUUACUUAGACAUCAUCUGUCCACAUUAUGAGGAUGAGUCCGUGGCCCCAGAUGCCAUGGAGCGUUAUACGCUGUAUCUGGUGGAGCAUGAGGAAUACCAACUGUGCCAACCGCAAUCCAAGGAACAGGUGCGAUGGCAAUGCAACCAGCCCAAUGCCCGGCAUGGUCCUGAGAAGCUGUCUGAGAAGUUCCAACGUUUUACCCCUUUUACCCUGGGAAAAGAGUUCAAGGAGGGACACAGCUACUACUAUAUCUCCAAACCCAUCCAUCACCAUGGAGACCAGUGCCUGAAAUUGAAAGUGACUGUUGAUGGCAAAAUCACUCACAGCCCCCAGGUGGACUCCAAUCCACAGAAUGAGAAUCACUUUUCAGCAGAUGAUGCAGAAGUCCAGGUCCUGCAUAGUGUUGGACACAGUGCUGCCCCUCGGACCUUUCCAGUUGCCUGGGUUGUGCUGCUUCUGCCCCUCAUGCUGCUUCACACGCCCUGAAGGUGGGCAUCAAACCCGGCUUUUGAGGACUAGAACUGGGCUGGGGAAGGAAGGGGUAACAGCCCCUUUCCAAAGGAGAAAACUGGAAUCCUCUGCCCAAGGAACUCCAUCCAGCGUAGUGCAAACCUGCCACCCUCGUGGCAUGGGUCAGUAUUAGGGGUGCCAGGAAAGAUUGGCAGUGCCAACUUGUCCUCUGCCCCGUGGUUGGGAGGAUAUAGCUCUCUUCAUUCCUCCUGUUUUGCCAAAGAUCAAGAACCUGAAAUUAACCAAGGGCAGCUGCUCCUCUUCGAAGUGGGGAGCUUAUGGAUGGACUCUGGGCAUGGAAUGGUUAUGCCCUCCAUGGAAGACCCAGGAGUGCCCAAGAUGGAACUCUAAAGGAGCAGAAAAAGAAACUGAGCUUUUCAUGUGGGAAGGGGAGGAUGGGGAGAAAGAAGCACUUUGUGUGCACUCAGGGUCUGCCUUCCCUACACACUCACAUACAAUUCCAUCUGUAAUGCCAUAUUGGCAAAAGAAGGUUACAGCCUGGGCUCUCCUAAUUCAGAGCCACCCCUCAGGGGGGCUAUCUCAGAGCAAUGCCAGGCAGGCAAGGAGGGGCAGUGCCCCAACAUGUGCUGUGUAUAAGGGCAGUGCCCAUUGUAUAUAUAUUUGUAUGUAAAAUCUCUCCCUGGAGAGGUUUCUAUGACUAAAAUUGUUUUUACACAAG